GAUAAUAAAAAGGUAAAAGAGAUAAAAAUAUAUUUAAUCAAAUCAUACAAAUAAACCCUUAUCCAUGGAGCUGACACAAAAUAAGGACAGCUCUAGCCAAAGAGAAACAGAGAGCUCCUUGGAUUUUAAUUCAAAAUUACUAGAUCAUUCUUACUGUAAAAAUUCUCUCGAAGAGCCUUCACCAGAAAACACAGGACUGAAAACAAGGACUCGGAAGGGAGGAAAAACGGAUAGUCAGAAAACUUCCCGGGUUACCGAUGAGCAGUUGGCAACGUGGCUUUGUAAAUUCCUAGAUGAAGUCAUGAAAAAAUAUGGCAGUUUAGUACCACUCUGUGAAAAAGAUGUCAUGGGAAGAUUAAAAGAAGUCUUUAAUGAAGAUUUCUCCCAUAGAAAACCUUUUAUCACCAGGGAAAUCAUAAAGUAUCGGGAAAAACUUCCAAAACCCUCCACUUGCAAUUUCCGGAUCUUCUAUAAUAAGCACAUGCUAGAUAUGGAUGAUUUGGUUACACUGGAAGGCCAGAACUGGCUGAAUGACCAGAUAAUUAAUAUGUAUGGUGAACUCGUAAUGGAUGCAGUCCCUGAAAAAGUUCAUUUCUUUAACAGUUUUUUUUAUACACAGCUCGUAACCAAAGGAUAUAUUGGGGUAAAACGAUGGACUGAAAAGGUGGACUUAUUCAAGGAGACUCUCUUAUUAAUUCCUAUUCACCUGGAAGUCCACUGGUCUCUCAUUGCUGUGAACAUCCCCAGUCAAAUUAUUUCAUUUUAUGAUUCCCAAGGUAUUCAUUUUCAGUUUUGUGUAGAGAACAUUCGACAGUAUUUGCUGACUGAAGCAAAGGAGAAGAAUCACCCCGAGUUCCUUCAAGGUUGGCAGAUUGCUGUGACAGAAUACAUUCCACAACAGAAAAAUGACAGUGACUGUGGAGUUUUUGUACUCCAGUACUGCAAGUGCCUCACCUUAGAUCAGCCUUUUCAGUUCUCCCAAGAAGAUAUGCCCCAAGUGAGAAAAAGGAUUUACAAGGAGCUGUGUGAACGCCAGCUAAUAGACUAAUAAGAUGCAGCCAACCUAAUUUAU